CCCCCUUCCCCCUUCCCCCUCUCUCUAAAAGCACUCUUUCUCUCUCUACAAUUACUAUAUAUUUUACACAUAUAUAUAUAUAUAUAUAUCAAUAAAUCAAUAAAUAGUAACUUAUUUAUCCAAGUCUCAAAUUAUUUAUGAAAGUCUCAACGUCUUAUUUAGCCCAGUCCUCCAUUUAGAGUAGAGAUAUACACACAUAUAUAGAUAUAGAGAGAGAAAGUACCACCACCAGCCAUGGCGGACGGAGACGCCAAUGUCGGCGGCGAGGUGACUCGAGCACCACUCCGCCUCGUCCGGGAAGUCGUAGGGAUGUCCAGCGGCGGAUUUGGCGGUGCCUUCAAGAGGGACUGUACGGAUCUCUCGCGGAGGGUCGCGCUUCUAGCUCACCUGCUCGAAGAGAUCAGGGAUUUCUUUGGAGAUCUCAGGCCGCUCGAUGCUUCCACCUCUUCGUCGUCUAGAUCUACUUCCCUUUCUGAUCUCACGGUGGCGCUUCAGGCCGCUAAGCGACUCCUCUCCGCCGCCGGCAACUUCAAUUCCCAGAUCUCAUCUGAUGGAGCUGCCAAGAAAAUCGCCUUUCAAUUUCAAUGUGUGACAUGGAAGUUAGAGAAAGCAUUGGGAAGCUUACCAUAUGACCAUUUUAACAUCUCAGAGGAAGUUCAGGAACAGGUUGAACUGGUAAGGGCACAGUUGAGAAGAGCCACAGAAAAAUAUGGUGGGCCUCUUAGUUCAACAAUACUAUCACGUGCCUUAUCUCAGCCACUGGACAAAGAAAUUGAUCUGGCACAAUCUGGCAGUAGGAUGAUCGGAAGCUUGCAUAUAGAGAAUGCAGGUAUUAUUGACCAUGAAGUUAAAGUAAUGGUGGACACUAUUCCAAAAGGCAAUGCUUCGACUGGUGAUUGUGUUGAUCAGAUGAUUAAUGAAUCAGAAAGGCCGAGAAAUGUUGAUGCUGGCAGAGUAAUUUCAGCCAGCAAUGGUCUAGAUGAGAAUAAGAAACCUGAUUCUCCUGUAAUUCCUGUUGAUUUUCUCUGCCCUAUAUCUCUAGAACUUAUGAGGGAUCCUGUUAUUGUGGCAACAGGACAGACUUAUGAGAGAUCUUACAUUCAGAGAUGGAUAGAUUGCGAUAAUACAACAUGCCCCAAAACUCAGCAAAGACUCCAAAAUCUCACUUUGACCCCAAACUAUGUGUUGAGAAGUCUAAUUUCCCAGUGGUGUGCAAUACACAAUAUUGAGCAACCAAUGGCAUUAACAAAUGGAAGGAUAAAAAAGACUGACGGAUCACUCUGUGAUGUUAGUGGGGACGUAGCAACCAUUGAGGCACUUGUCCGGAAGCUCUCAAGCCCAUCCGUUGAGGAACGCAGGGCUGCCGUGGCUGAAAUUCGAUCAUUAUCCAAAAGAAGUACAGAUAAUAGGAUACUAAUAGCAGAAGCAGGUGCUAUUCCAAUUCUGGUUCAUCUAUUAACAGCAGAUGAUGGUUUAACCCAAGAAAAUGCCGUCACCUCCAUUCUCAAUCUCUCAAUAUUCGAAAAUAACAAGGGUCUCAUCAUGCUUGCUGGUGCUGUUCCUUCUAUUGUGCAAGUGCUCAGGGUUGGAAGCAUGGAAGCAAGAGAAAAUGCGGCAGCAACCUUUUUUAGCUUGUCACUUGCAGAUGAAAACAAAAUAAUAAUUGGUGCAUCAGGCGCCAUCCCGGCUUUGGUAGAUUUGCUUCAGAAUGGAAGCGCGAGAGGGAAGAAGGAUGCUGCGACAGCACUGUUCAAUUUGUGUAUUUAUCAGGGAAACAAGGGCCGGGCUGUGAGGGCCGGGAUUAUUUCAGCAUUAUUGGAGAUGCUCACAGAUUCAAGCAGUGUUAUGGUGGAUGAAGCUCUGACUAUACUGUCAGUUCUUGCCAGCCACCAAGAGGCUAAGAUCGUGAUUGUAAAAGCUAGCACAAUACCAGUCUUAAUAGAUCUUGUGAGGACCGGUCUUCCCCGCAACAAAGAAAAUGCUGCUGCCAUUUUACUUUCCUUGUGCAAGAGAAACACUGAGAAUCUUGCUUGUAUAAGUAGGCUUGGUGCCGUUAUACCCCUGAUGGAACUUGCUAAAAGUGGCACGGAGAGAGCCAAGAGGAAGGCUACGUCCUUGCUGGAGCUUCUGCGAAAUCUGCAGCAACUCUAAUUGGUUGCAGCAUUGAAGAAUUCAUCAUUUGCUUCUUUGAUUUUUAUCUCACAAUUAAUUUUACACGAUUUUUUUUGCGCCUGAGAACUGAGGAUAUAAGCGUGAGAAAACAAAGUCAUUCUCACCGCUUUCUCUCCAUUUAUUCCUUCUUUAUUAGUGUGCAAAAAAUUCAUUUGAUCUGGCUUUUGUUGAACUAGCUUUCCUGUUUGAUAUAUUUGUUGCAUGAAAUGUAUAUAUAUUAUCAAAAUGUUUGACACAUAUUGAAAAGCAAGAGAACUUACUCAUACCAUUA